CGCAUGCCACCCACCUCGUCUCGACGAAGCCUCGGCGGCCUCGACGCCCAGAACUGCCGCGCGCGGCGCGCGGACGCGGGCCUCCUCCUGCGCCGGUCGAAGCGCGAGCUCGACCUGCGGCGGAGGCGCAGUGGCAGCGGCGGGCCGUCCUCGCUGCUCGAGGACCCGCGCGCUUUGGAGGGCGAGGAGGCGUCGCCACGAUGGGACGAGAUGGGGGUGGCGGAGCAGGUUGCGCAGUGCGCGAUCCGCACCAUCGACUACGUGCGCCACGGCCGGCACGAGGAGCGCGUCAGCGGCGGCGUAGCGGCGACCGAGAGGUGCGUCGGUUGCGUGCGGCGGCUGCGGCGGCUACUCACCGCGCCGGAGGAGGCGCCCAUCGACGCGGUGAUCCAGGCGGGUCUGGUCCCGGCGCUGGUUGAGCUCCUCGCCCUUCCUCCUCCAGAGUGCAGCUCUCACGCUCGGCGCUCAACCUCGAGUCGUCGCAUGCCCUCGCCAGCGUCACCGCCGGCACGCCCCGCCAGGUCCGUUCCGCCGUCGAGUCGGGCGUGCUGCCGAGGCUCCUCGAGCUGCUCCGCGGCGGCGCCGGCAUGCAGCACCAGCACCACCAGCACCAGCAGCACCAGCACCAGCAGCAGCACCACCAGCACCACCAGCAGCACCACCACCAGCAGCAGCACUGGUGGUGCGCGUCGCACGCGCUUUGGUGCGUCUCGAACUUGGCUGCUGCGGGCUCGGAGUACCGCGAUGCCCUCCUCGGAGGCGGCGCCUUGCCGCUCGUGGCGAGGUUGGCGGCGGUGCUGCUCGCCGGGAGCGGCGCGUGCUGCGAUGGCGGCGACGGCGCCCCGUCUCGCAUCGAGUGGCUGAUGGGCACGCCGCUCGUGUCGCUGGUGGUGCAGCGGCUGACCGUCGACGAGUUCGGCGUCAAGCGGCAGGCGCUCGGCGUGGUUGCCAACGUGCUGCAAGCCUUCCAGGCGGACCCGCGCCCGUCGACGGCAGGGUGGGCCGCGUCGCUGGUGUACGAGCACGGCGCGGUCGCGCCGCUGGUGGCGCUGCUUGACGUGCACGACGCCGACGUGCUGCGCGUUGCCCUCCACGCGAGCGGUGGUGUGCUGGCCGCCGGCGAGCAGCUCGCGCGGGGCUCGCGGGGCGGCGCGCUGCUCGACCGGUACUUUGGCGGCGUCGGAGACGCGAUGGACGCGUCCGAAGACGCCGCGGCGGCGGACGGCUGCGCCUUCACGGGCGGCGGCGAGGGGCGCGAGCCCCGCGCCGUCUACGUCUUUUGAGGCUCCGGCUCGGGUCGCGGGGAGGCUCGGUGCACCCUACUUUUUGUACGACCUUCGUACCGGCUGCAUGGUUCUGUCUCGGCCCCCACGAGAGUGGGCGUGCGCGUACAGUGUUUGUCGAAAACGCAGGCUGUCGCGAGAAUGAGAUACCAUGAGCGAGCUAUAUCAUCCUGCUCGGCUCCAGCCAGUAGACAAGUCUUGUCAUCAACAGAGUAGAAGGAUCUGAC